CCCAUCUCAUGCAUGGCUGCCAGUGAUGGUCUGCUGGGUGUCAGCUUUUAUUGGCACGGCACAAAGCAAGUGCCAAGGGUUCGGUGGGCUCAACUCCCCGCCGCAGAGCGUGGAUAAAAGCAGAGCAAAAUGCCUCAGCCGAGCUCAGAGGCAUAGACAUGUUGGGCUGGAACGAGGAAGUGCAGUGGAGAGGGGAGGGACUCAGGGCGCAGCUCCAUGGGGCCGCCGCGGCGCUGCGACCUUCUGCACAUGGAGCCGGGGAGAGUUGGAAGAACUUCAUUCUGCAAACUCAAGGAAUAGCAGAGUACUUGCACCGCAUGGAGACCGAAGAGGCCCAAGAAAUCGCCCAGAUGCCAGGCAGGGAGAGCCCCCCUGCAAACGAAGCGUCUGAAGAGCCAGAGGAGCCCAUGGCUGUCCCCGAGGACCUGUCAGCUAGCUCCGCCCACCAGCAGAACAACCGUGGAGACAAAGCCUGUAACAUUAAAGUUGAGGCUCGCAGUGAUGAGGAGAGUGGGCUGGCCUCUGACAUGAAUGGCGUGGAGGAGGAGGAGUGCGCGGAAGACUUGCGCGUGGUCGAUCCCUCCGGGGCCAAGGUGAACGGCUCACAGCCGAGUCCCGAAGCCAAGGCCUUCUCCUCGGCUGGCGGUAUCCGGCUGCCCAACGGGAAGCUCAAGUGUGAUAUCUGUGGGAUAGUUUGCAUUGGCCCCAAUGUGUUGAUGGUGCACAAGCGAAGCCACACCGGCGAACGCCCGUUUCAGUGCAGCCAGUGUGGCGCCUCUUUCACCCAGAAGGGUAACCUACUGCGUCACAUCAAGCUUCACUCAGGGGAGAAACCCUUCAAGUGUCACCUGUGCAGCUACGCCUGUCGCAGGAGGGAUGCCCUCACUGGCCAUCUGCGCACCCACUCAGUCGGAAAACCACACAAGUGUGCUUACUGUGGCCGGAGCUACAAGCAGCGCAGCUCCCUGGAGGAGCACAAGGAGAGGUGCCACAACUACCUCCAGUGCAUGGGACUGCAAAACACCCUCUAUACGGUAGUAAAGGAAGAAAGCAGCCAGAAUGAGCAGAGGGAAGACUUAAGCCAGACGGGAUCUGACAGAGCCUUGGUGCUAGACAGACUAGCUAAUAAUGUAGCUAAGCGUAAGAGCACUAUGCCCCAGAAGUUUGUGGGAGACAAACGUCUGUCUGAUCUGUCGUAUGAUGGAGGAUCAGGAGAGCUCAUUCAACCCCACGUCAUCGACCAGGCAAUCAACAGCGCCAUAAGCUACUUAGGGGCCGAGUCUCUCCGACCUCUGGUCCAGACCUCCCCGGCUUCCUCCGAUGUCGGCCUCAGCUCCAUGUACCCCCUUCACAAGUCUGCCACCGAGGGUCACGUUGGCACAGGCUUGUCGGCCAAAGACAGCGCCGCCGAGAACCUGCUGCUGCUGUCCAAGUCAGCCACCAGCGACAAGGACGGCUCGCCCAGCCACAGCGGCCAGGACUCCACCGACACCGAGAGCAACAACGAAGACCGGACAGGCGCGGCCACCGGCCUCAUCUACCUGACCAACCACAUCACUUCGGGGGUGAGGAACGGCGUGCUGCCGCUCGUGAAGGAGGAGCAGCAGAGGCAGUUCGACGCCAUCAGGGCCGGCAUUGAGAUGGCCUCCGAGGGCUUCAAGGUGGUGACGUCGGAUGGGGAUCAGGUGAGGGCGUACCGCUGCGAACACUGCCGCGUUCUCUUCCUGGACCACGUCAUGUACACCAUUCACAUGGGCUGCCACGGCUUCAGAGAUCCAUUCGAGUGCAACCUCUGCGGCCACCGGAGUCAAGACCGAUACGAGUUUUCGUCUCACAUAACCCGGGGGGAGCACCGCUACUGAGCAGAGAACACACAAUACCACGUAAACAUCUGCAAUAAAAGUGUAGAAAUACGUUCUGUAAAAUACACUGGAAGUUUUUAAACCAUGAUGCAUGUUUGUUGAUAUAUGGAUAUAUGACUAUUAAACCUUUUUUUUUCUUUUUUUAGAUAGAAAUGUUUCAGAAAAUAUGAACAACUGUUGUAGAAAGUGCAGCCAAAAUAUCAAUGGACCAUUUUUUUAUUAAAAUGAACAGGAAAACAAAAGACUUGCACCAAAAUAUAAAUAAAUAAAUCAAUGCAAGCAAAACACUGCAAACACUGGAGUUUAAUACAAUCAGUAAAACCUAAAAAGGUGAGCAGCUGCAAAACGUCUCAAUCUGUCACCUUUAGCUUGUCUUCGUGGUAUUAUUUAUGAAACAUUUACAUGCUUGUCUAUUUUUUUUCCCUUAUAUUUAUUACAGUGAUCAAUGUUUUGUGUUGUAGAGUAGCAUCUUUUUUCUGUUCAGCUGUACUAAAAUGUGUGUGAGAGGAAUUUUGUGUCUGCUGCUGGAGGCUGUUCAUGUAAAGGAUCGGACUGAAUCUGCUGUACUGGAAACUAAAAAUAAAGUUACCAUCAUUUGAAGAGAGGGUUAUGCUUUCAUGAUGUCAAUAAAGGAUAUUUUAU